AUGGGGUCUGAUCCACAGUACAUCAAGUACCCCGAUCUCCUUCUCGCCCAAGAUGUCUUCAACCUCUCCAACCCUGCAUGCGCCUCAUCCACCCGUAAGUCCUCGUUGAAGAAGCUGCAAGAUGCCAUCUCCGAGCGCAAGAUGGCCCCCUUCUACCGCCAUCUGGCUCACCCUACCGAGGGUAUCUUGAACAACGCUGGCGAGGGUACCAUUCAACAUUCUCAUGCCGGAACCACCAAGCCUCUCAUCACCUCCAACAUGCUCGCCUCACGAAAGUCGCCCCAGAACAUCGAUUUCCCGUGGGACGAAAAACUCUACCAGUCCCUAGUUGACGAUAAUAAGAAGGAGCUGGAGACUAUUCAGAAGGAGGAAGAUGACGCUGAGGAGGCUGCGGGUGAGACUGAGGUACAGGCUGCUCGGGGUAAACGAGCGGAAUUCUGGGCCCGGGUUGGUGAUAAGGAUAAAGCCGUCGAAUCGUACGACGCCCUUCUUGAUAAGAUUGGUUUCCUGGGAACUAAGAUCGACUUGGUUUUGGCCAUGAUCCGCAUCGGUCUGUUCUUUGGUGAUGCCUUGUUUGUGAAGAAGACAAUUGAACGCGCAGAAACCCUGGUCGAGAGUGGUGGUGACUGGGACCGAAGGAAUCGACUCAAGGCAUACAAGGGUUUGCACCUGCUUACCAUCCGUUCCUACAGCUUAGCCGCCCCUCUUCUCCUUGAUAGUCUGUCAACAUUCACAAGCUAUGAACUUUGCAGCUAUUCUGCCCUCGUCAUCUACUCCGUCCUUGCAGGAUCCUUGUCCCUCAAGCGGGUAGACUUCAAGGCCAAGGUGGUGGAUGCACCGGAGAUCAAGGCCAUCCUGGGUGCUGGAGAGGACCAAUUGGCUGCUCUCUCUGGUGAGCUUUCAGCUGGCCCCGGUGCUCAAGAUGAAGAUAUGAAGGAUGCGACAGUAUCACGGUCGACUCCCACUACUGGUGCGACCACUGCCGUCAACUUGUCCACAUUCGGAGCUGGCGCCAGCGACCGGGCAGAGAAUGAGCUUCCGGUUGAUUUCUCUCCCCUGGCGAACCUGGUGAACAGCCUGUAUAAUGGCAACUACCGCAAUUUCUUUGUGGCUCUUGCCGGUGUCGAGGAUCAAUUCCUGACCCAGGACCACUACUUGCAUGAACACCGAGCAUGGUUUGUCCGGGAAAUGCGACUACGUGCCUACCAGCAGCUCCUUCAGAGCUACCGGGUGGUAGGUCUGAACACCAUGGCCAACGACUUUGGUGUGACCGUGGAUUAUCUUGACCGGUAUGUAUCUCUUUCUCCCCGCGUUCAUAUAAAUAUAAGCAAGGUCGCUAAUCGAAGACAUAGUGAUCUGGCCAAGUUCAUUUCCAGCAACCGCAUUGCUUGCACUAUCGACCGUGUCAAUGGGAUCAUUGAGACCAAUCGACCGGAUGACAAGAACAAGCAAUAUGCGGACGUGGUGAAGCACGGUGAUGCUUUGAUCACCAAGCUCCAAAAGUAUGGACAAGCUGUCCGUCUUCGUGGUAGUGAGCGCAGUUAA